UUCCCUGGGCCCGGCAGGAUGGCUCCCGCGAAGAAGGGCGGCGAGAAGAAGAAGGGCCGCUCGGCCAUCAACGAGGUGGUGACCCGGGAAUACACCAUCAACAUCCACAAGCGCAUCCACGGAGUAGGUUUCAAGAAGCGUGCGCCUCGGGCACUCAAAGAGAUCCGGAAGUUUGCCAUGAAAGAGAUGGGCACUCCGGAUGUGCGCAUUGACACCAGGCUCAACAAAGCUGUGUGGGCCAAAGGAAUAAGGAAUGUCCCAUACCGAAUCCGUGUACGUUUAUCCAGAAAACGUAAUGAGGAUGAAGAUUCACCAAACAAACUCUAUACUUUGGUGACCUAUGUGCCUGUCACCACUUUCAAAAAUCUACAGACAGUCAAUGUGGAUGAGAACUAAACUGGUGGCAUAAUAAAAUUAUAAAAAUAAAAAAAAAAAAAAAAAAAAAAACAAGAAAAA